AUGGCUAAGCUCGCCGCUGUCCUUGCCUUGCUUACGCUGCUCGGCUCCGUGGCGGGCCAAACCGGCGGCUAUGGCGGCGGCGGUGGCACUACGCCGCCGACCACCUACGCUCACCGAGGCUAUGGCGCCCCGCCGGCUGCCGGCGGGCUCAGGGUCGGGUACUACGACGACUACAAGAAGUGCCCUGGGGCGGAGGACGUGGUGAGGAAGGUCGUGAGCUACAAGGACGCCGGCGUCAAGGCCGGCCUCGUCCGCCUCUUCUUCCACGACUGCUUCGUCCGGGGCUGCGACGCCUCGGUCCUGCUCGACCCGACGCCGGCGAACGCCGAGCCGGAGAAGGCCGGGAUACCCAACCUGAGCCUGCGCGGCUUCGAGGCGAUCGACGAGGCCAAGGCGGCGCUGGAGGCGGCGUGCCCCGGCGUCGUCUCCUGCGCCGACAUCGUCGCCUUCGCCGGCCGCGACGCCGCCUACUUCCUCAGCAACCGCGCCAUCGACUUCGGCAUGCCGGCGGGCCGCUACGACGGCCGCGUCUCCCUCAAGAACGAGACCAUCCCCAACCUGCCGCCGCCGUUCGCGAACGUCGACCAGCUGAAGCAGAUGUUCGCUGCCAAGGGGCUCGACACCGCCGACAUGGUCGCCCUCUCCGGCGCGCACUCCAUCGGCCGGUCCCACUGCUCCUCCUUCAACGACCGCCUCCCACCGAGCGCCUCCGACAUGGACGCCAAGCUCGCCGCCUCCCUGCAGCAGCAGUGCGCGUCGUCGGCGAGCAACACGGUGGUGCAGGACGCCGUGACCCCCUACGCGCUGGACAACCAGUACUACAAGAACGUGAUGCGCCGGCAGGUGCUGUUCAAGUCCGACGCCGCGCUCAUGUCGGCGCCGGACACGAUGGGCCUCGUCCGCGCCAGCGCCUACUUCCCGGCGUGGUGGAACGCCAGGUUCGCGGAGGCGAUGGUGAAGAUGGGCAACGUCGGCGUCAAGACCGGCGCCGACGGCGAGAUCAGGAAGCAGUGCCGGCUCGUCAACUAA